UCAUAAAGUUUUCUGUUAUUGAAUUGAGUUAUGAGAGGGAAUUGGAAUUCAAAUAUGCCAAUACAAAUGUAAGAAUUAAUAAUAAAGACUAUAAAUGCCCUAGAUACUUCAGUUUCUUGUCACAGUACUGUUUUAAGCUUUAGAUAGUGCUGAAUGCUGGUCAGUUAAAAUCGAAUAAUAUAUUAAAAGACAGAUGGCGGUGGAGCGGCGGGAGGCGCAGGAGGCGCGCGAGAGCGAGGCGGAGGCGCUGGUCGUGCGCACGCUCACACUCAAUCACGGCGAGCACCAGGACGCCACUCUUUUCCGAUUUGAAAAAGGCUGCUAUUUACAAUUCUGCCCUGGACCCAGCUUGCUCGGUCGCAAGGUCUUUCUCUACACCAAUUAUGUAGUCUCAGACAAUCCGGAAGAGAAGGGCGAACAGGGCGAGCAGGGUGAGUUCGUGCGCAAUCAAUACUACGGACUGGAGUGGAAACGUGAGAACGUAAACGAGACACUCGGCUCCGGUCUGCUUCUGACUGACACCGACGCUUACUGCGAGCUACGCUUGGCACGCGCCGGCUCCUUCCACUAUUACUUCGUAUAUGAUAGCCCGGAGUCACGCGUAGGACCGCAGGGCUCAGGUUGGUUCCACGUAGCGCCCACGCUUUCGGCGGGCGGCUCGCAAGUGCCGCUAGAUGGUGUUAUGUGUCAGACUGUGCUCGCCAAGUGCCUCGGGCCAUUGCCGCGCUGGCUGCGUGUGCUGCGUGUGGCGCACGAGGCCGGCUACAACAUGAUACACUUCACACCCGUACAGGAGCUGGGCGCGUCGAAUUCGAGCUACAGCAUUGCCAACCAGCUUCGCGUAGACCCGCGCUUUAACGACGUGAAUUCCGGUCGCGAGGCGACGUUCGCCGACAUCGAAAAUAUUGUCGCCAAGAUGCGCAGUGACUGGAAGAUGCUGUCGAUAUGCGAUGUAGUGCUAAACCACACGGCCAACGAGGCGCCGUGGCUAGCGGAGCACCCGGAAGCGACGUACAACUGCUACAACUGUCCACAUCUGCGACCGGCCGCGCUGUUGGACGCCGUGCUCGCCAAACUCAGCGAUGACGUUGGGCGCGGCGCGCUUGAGCCCGCCGUGCCGAGACGUGUCACGCAACAUGACCAUAUUGAGGCGAUACGGCACGUGCUGCAAACGCAGCGCAUCCCGGAGGCGCGGCUGCACGAGAUGUUCACAUGUGAUGUGGACGACAUCGUGCAGCGAUUCUACUACAUGGCACGCAACAAGGUGCCGCCGGUGAAGGGCCUGGGUGACGGAGCGCGCGACGCGCUGCGACUGACCCCCGACCCGCAGCGCCGCCGCUGCGCCGCCACCGUCGACCUCGACCUCGCGCUGCAGAUCUAUAACGUUUACAGAUCCGACUGUUACGACGAGGAGUCGCGGUUGAAAAGGUCAUGCGAGGAGUUGCGGAGACGACUCGAGCAGCUCAACGAGGUGGCGACCGACUGCAUGCGCGAUCACCUCUGCUCAGCGCUCGAUAACUGCGUGGCCGGCAUGCGAUAUUUCCGGCUGCAGUCCGACGGGCCGAAGAUCGAGGAGGUGAGCGCCAAAAAUCCUUUAGUACCGAGGUACUUCACGUUUCCGAGUGCGUUUGGCUCGCUGGCGGAUAUGGAAGCAAUAAUCUACGGCGAGACAGGGCGGUUGGUGAUGGCGCACAACGGUUGGGUGAUGAACGCGGACCCGCUGCAAGACUUCGCGGCUCGCGAGCACGAGGGACGCGUCUACAUGCGCCGCGAGCUUAUUGCGUGGGGAGACAGUGUCAAGCUUAGGUACGGUGACAAACCGGAAGACAGUCCUUUCCUCUGGGGACAGAUGCGCGAGUACGUCGAGUUGACGGCUGAAGUUUUUGACGGUGUUCGACUAGAUAAUUGUCACUCGACGCCCUUGCACGUGGCGGAGUAUAUGCUGGACUGUGCGCGCAACGUGAAGCCGGAUCUUUAUGUUGUCGCUGAGCUGUUUACGAACUCGGACCACGUCGACAACAUAUUCGUGAACCGCCUCGGAAUCACCUCGCUUAUCCGAGAAGCGCUGAGCGCGUGGGACUCGCACGAGCAGGGCCGGCUGGUGCACCGCUUCGGGGGGCGCGCGGUGGGCGCCUUCCUGCGCGCGCCGCGCCGCCUCGCCGUGCCGCUCGUCGCGCACGCCGUGCUGCUCGACCUCACGCACGACAACCCCUCGCCGCUCGAGAAGAGGAGCGUGUUCGACAUGUUGCCAUCGGCCGCUCUCGUUGCGAUGGCCUGCUGUGCGACGGGCAGCACACGCGGUUACGAUGAGCUGGUGCCGCACCACAUCCACGUGGUAGACGAGACGCGGCUUUACGCGGAGUGGGGUGACACCGAGGCCGACGAAGAACUGGAGGGGCGUGUGAGUGGCGUGGCGGGGCUUUUGGCGGCGCGACGCGCACUUAACGCGCUGCACGUGGAGCUGGCCGCCGCCGGCUACAGCGAGGUUUACGUCGACCAAAUGGACGCAGACGUUGUAGCCGUGACUAGACACGAACCGCUCUCUCGAAAGUCGGUGAUUAUGGUGGCGUUCACUGCGUUCACGUCACCGGACGCCUCGUUUGGUGCCCGCUACGUGAAGCCUCUACGAUUCGAAGGGCAACUUGACGAAAUUAUACUCGAGGCUGGUCUUCGACACAAGGAUUAUAGGAACACGGGACGCGCAUUCCAACCUCCGGGCGCGUUCACGCGACAUUCACAGUACAUCAAUGGACUGAGCGAAUACGAGGCGCACCUGCGAUGUAGCGUGCCGCUGGCGCAGUCCGCUGUGUUCGCCGCCGAACGCCGCGAAGGGCCGCUCACCGUGCUUGAGUUCCACUCGCUGCCACCCGGCACCAUUGUCGCCGUACGCGUGUCUCCGCACGCACCGCAGGCUGCCGCGAUCUCUUCUCUGCGGCGUACGGUGGCUGCGCUGCACGCGGGACGCGCUGAUCCACUCGGCCUCGGGCCGGCGCUCGCCGAGCUCGACCUCGCUGACUUCAAUGCCCUCCUGUACUGUAGCGAGCCCGAGGAGCGUGAGCGCUGCGGUGGCGGUGCCUACGACGUGCCCGGCCACGGACCGCUCGUGUACGCCGGCCUGCAGGGUGUGCUCUCGCUGUUCGAUGAGGUUGCGCCGCGCGACGACCUCGGGCACCCGCUGUGUGACAACCUGCGUGCCGGCGACUGGCUGCUCGAGUACCAGUGGCGUCGCCUCGAGAGCGACCCGAGGCUCGCUGCAGUGGGCGCGCGCUACCGCGAGGUGCUGCGCGUGGUGGCCGAGCUACCGCGCUUCCUCGUGCCUGCGUACUUCGAGGCGGUGAUGCGUGGCUUGCACGCAGAUGUGGAACGUACGGCGCUGGCUCGCAUGAGCGGUGCGGCGCGUGGCUGUAGUCUGUCGCGUGCACUUGCACUAACCAGCGUGCAGCUGGCGGGUUCGGUGCCAUCUGCGCGGCUGCCAGCGUUGUCUCCUGGACUGCCACCGCCGCGGCCCGCGCACUCGGUGUCGUUAUCGGCCGGCCUGCCGCAUUUCGCUGUGGGCUAUAUGCGCUGCUGGGGUCGCGACACCUUUAUCGCCCUACGCGGCAAUUUUUUGCUUACUGGCCGUUUUCAGGACGCUCGCUAUCAUAUCCUCGGUUUCGCGGCUUGUCUCAGACAUGGACUUAUUCCGAAUUUGUUGGACGGAGGCCGAAAUGCUCGUUUUAACUGUCGCGAUGCCGUUUGGUGGUGGUUGCAGAGCAUAAAACAGUACUGUACCGAAGCGCCUCAGGGUUACGCGUUGCUGACUGAUCCCGUAUCACGAAUAUUUCCCAAAGACGACAGCGAGCCAGCACCGCCCGGCGCUGCGGACCAGCCGUUACACGACGUCAUGCAGGAGGCUCUCGACGUGCAUUUCCAGGGUCUCGUGUUCCGCGAGCGCAACGCUGGCCGGCAGAUCGACGCGCACAUGUCCGACAAGGGCUUCAAUCUACAGAUCGGCGUCGACCCUGAGACCGGCUUCCCGUUCGGCGGUAACGACGCCAACUGCGGUACGUGGAUGGACAAGAUGGGUUCAUCUGAGACGGCCGGUACUCGCGGCAAGCCUGCCACUCCACGCGACGGGAGCGCCGUGGAGCUCGUGGCGCUAGCGUAUAGCGCUGCGUCAUGGCUGGCGACUCAGCAGCGUGCCGGACGCUACCCCUACCCCGGCGUGGCGCGCAGACAUCGCGACGGGUCGCUCACAGCGUGGACUUUUGCCCAGUGGGCUGACCGCAUCCAUCGUUCCUUUGAGCGGCACUUCUGGGUGCCGGCCGCCCCUUCAGCGGCCGAUGCGCGCCCAGACCUAGUUCACCGUCGUGCCAUCUACAAGGAUACGCACGGUGCCACGCGGCCCUGGGCAGAUUACCAGCUGCGCUGCAACUACUCCGUCGCAAUGGCGGUUGCACCCGAUCUCUUUGACCCAAAACACGCCUGGCUCGCCCUCGACAACGUAGAGCGACUUUUGCUCGGUCCACUUGGCGUGAAGACUCUCGACCCGGCCGACUGGGCAUAUCGGAGCGACUACGACAACUCUAACAACAGCGACGAUCCUAGUGUCGCGCACGGAUAUAACUAUCACCAGGGUCCAGAGUGGGUGUGGCUGAUCGGCUUCUAUCUACGAGCCCGCCUCGCAUUCGCCCACGAGAACGGGCAGUAUGCAAAGACGAUUGCGGCCGUAUACGCAGCCCUCGCGCCCCACGUGGCUGAAAUACGUUCCUCGCCCUGGCGCGGCUUGCCGGAGUUGACUAACGCAAGUGGCGCCUAUUGUGCCGAUUCGUGCCGCACGCAGGCAUGGAGCUCGGGCUGUGUGCUUGAGGUGCUACAUGAGCUCGAGCUAGCGCGACGCGCGCGUCCCCUUCCCGCCGACUGACGGCCCCUCCGCGGCCGCCCGCGCCGCGUGCGCCAUGCGCCGCGCUCCCCUUCACCACGCCGCCUCUACGCCGAGCCAUACGAGCGUCCGCCCCCGCCUGCUCGGCGUGCCGCCGUCCUGCGCCGCCUGCUGCCACGUCGCCGCCGCGCCCGCACUUCGCGCUUCUCACGCGUCGUCUACAACAUACUGCCAGCUACACGCGUCGGAGCGCUAUCCACCGUCGUGUACAGCGACCGCUACUUUCGCUACGGCCUGCCCCUUAGCAUAAUGCCGCCUGCUUCCCCGCGCGCCCGCGCCCAUCACGUGCCGCUGCGUGCGCCACCGCCGACGCAGGCGCCACGCGCCGGCGUGUUGUUUGAUGCGGGUGUCCCGCUCCCCCGUCUCUCACCCCGCUACGCACCGCUGCGUCGGGGUCGGCGGGAUCUCCCUCGCAUUUUCGCGCCAUCGCUAGAGACUCGACCCGGCGAGUCUACCCCAGGCGAGUAUCCAGCUCGAUACCUUCCACUCGAUUACCGUCAACCGGCAGAAGGUGUCGAGCCGCUGGGCACGCGGUUGUCUACCGCCGAGCGUCGGUGGCGUCGUGAAUCACCGACGAGUCGGCGCACUUCCGCGUCCGAGUCGGCUCCGCGCCCUGAGUUCGCGUUACCGGAUGAAGCGCCGUCGGCGUCACGGCUACAGAGUGCGGCGCCGUCCGCUGACGAGCGAUCGUACGGCGUAUCGAGGACAUCGCAGGCGUCGGGCGCUUAUGCAACUUAUGAGGCGUAUGGCGAGCCUGAGAAGGAGGCAGCGCAGAGGCCGGCGCGAGGUGUGAGCGCGGUGCUGCGCCGCAAAGUGCUGAACACGGAGCGCUACAACAACGGCGCGCGCCGGCGCGGGUCGCGUGCGCAGCGGGCGGCUGUGCGCGCACUGCUCGCCUUCAGUGGCGCCUUCUACGCGCUGUCGCUGCUCGCCUUCUAUUUCCUCAGCCUUGCCUGAGUUAGUUGGCAGAAAUAGUUCGGUUCCUAUAGUUGUUUUUCUCGUGCCAUAUGACCAGUCAAAGGUCUCCAUUAGACGCUCGAAAUGUGGAGUUGAGUUCACUUUUAAAGUCGAGUAAUUAAUUAUAAUAUUAUAUUUGAAAAAUGGUUCUUAGUCAGGGGACUAAAACAUACGUGGACUUUAGUGGAUGUUUUAUAUUUAUUUAUGAAAUAGAGAAGAAUUAUGUUGUCAUAUUUAUAAUAUGAGAUCGGCGAACAUGUCGUUCAUUUGUUAAAGAUAAUUUAAAUGUUUAUAGUUGUUUUAAGAUGCUGCUAUUAUUUAUUCUUAAGAAUAAAUUGUAUGUAAUAUUUUUAAAUAGUAAAAAAUGAGUUUUUAUAGAUCAUAUUAAUUAUAUUAUAAUAUAACAAUGCUUCCUACGUAUUUUUCUCUGUUAUGUCAGGAAUGCUUUUUAAUCAAAUGCACAAAAUUAUAAAUUAUUUCUAUUUUAACCUUUCCUUGUAUACCUUAGUAAAUAAUACAAUAAUUAUAUUUAUUUUUACGAGAAAAUAUUAAAAAAACUAUAAAAACGUAA